CCAACUCGCAUUUGCGAUCCAAACAGCGUGCGAAGCGGAUCGCUGAGCGGUUACGGUCGCGCGUUUUGUGUGCUAGACACUUGGUUGAGCAGUUUUUAUUUUGAGUACAAAGUUGACAGUGAUGUCGAGAGACAACUCCAGGUUUAGCCGGCUAGGAGUCCUGGCUCCGGCUGCGCUGUCUGCCUGCAUGGAUGCGUCGGUGCUGGCGGUGCCUGCUGCCGGUGCUAUCGUGUCGACUGUUCUCAAGGAGUUGAGCAAGGCGUUCAUGCUGAAGAAAUGGUUCCAUGGUAUAAUGUCGGCUAAGGAAGCUGAAGAUUUAAUUAUGGAGAAAGGCAAGAACGGAUCGUUUCUGGUCCGAGAGUCACAAGCGCACCCUGGCGAGUACGUGCUUUCAGUUCGGGUCCGGGGGCGAGUCAGUCACGUCAUGAUCAGACAACAACAUAAUAAAUACGACGUGGGGAGCGGCGAACAGUUCGACGACCUGGUGGGUCUGAUUGAGCAUUUCCGUUCAUAUCCCAUGAUUGAGACCUCUGGAGACGUGCUCAGACUCCUGCAGCCAGUCAGCGGCACCAAGCUGAGGGCGCAUGAUAUCGAUCAGAAGGUUCAAGAGAUGCAGGAAUCUGAAGAUCAGCAAAAGCUGGAAAACAAAAGUGGCUUUGACGGUGAGUUCCACGCACUCAAAAUGCUGGAAGACAGACACGUGUUCACUACAAAUGAGGGACAGAAAUCAAUAAAUUCAAUCAAGAAUAGAUACAGAAAUAUUUUGCCAUAUGACCAGACCCGUGUCGUUCUUCGAGGAUCCAACAACAAACCUGACGCGGACUACAUAAACGCUAACUACAUAAGAUCCUCUCGCUUAUGUGAUUCGUCGAGCUCUGUCCAGUCUUCAAACGAAAGUUUGGACAGCGUACACUCUUUGAUAAUGAGAAGUGAGCCAAGGAAGCCUACGCCUCUGGUGUCCAAAUCGUUAUCUGACGACGCUCUCAGAGAGGUCAAGAUGAGUUACAAACUGGACAAAAUUAAUGGGAACCUAUGUGGUGACGCAGUUACAGUGAAGGACAAAAUAUACAUCGCCGCUCAAGGUUGCCUCUCAAACACAAAAGAUGACUUCUGGAGGAUGAUAUGGCAGGAAGACGUGAGAAUUAUAGCCAUGAUCACGAAUGAAUAUGAAAAUGGAAAGAAAAAGUGUGAGCGCUACUGGCCCCACUCAGGUCACGAGGAAAGGUUCGAUAACCUCACGGUGAAGUCAAUAUCGCAGACGCACUACGAGGACUAUCUGCUGAGAGAACUCGAUGUGACUGAUGAUAAAAAAUGCUGCAGAACUAUCUACCAGUAUCAGUUUACGUCCUGGCCAGAUCACGGCGCACCCACGGAACCAGACGGAGUACUUAACUUCAUUGCGGAUAUUAACAGAAAAAUGUAUCAACUCAUGCACAGCAAAAAUGCACCUGAACAGAAUAUAUUGUGCGUCCAUUGUUCAGCUGGAGUGGGCAGGACUGGUACAUUUAUAGUUCUGGACAUGCUCAUCGACAAAAUAAAAUCAGCUGGUUUCAACUGUGAUAUAGAUGUACAUAACACAGUAAAACUGGUGAGGGCGCAGAGGGGCGGGAUGGUUCAGAAUAAGAUGCAGUACAGGUUUAUAUACCUCGCCCUACAAGACUACAUAGAUAACAAGAAGUUCAAACUGAGAAGAAAGGUGUACACAACAGACGCAUAAUAUAUAUUUAGCGAACCAAAGUGCAUAAUUUAUUUAUAAGAACUUAAUAUGUUACAUUUAAUGUCAUUGUAAUUGUAACACGUCGUGUUAAUGAACUGAACGGUUGUCGUACAAUUAGAUACGACAGCGUUACAUACAGUCAUAUAUAGUUUAAAACAUUAAGAAUAAACAAAUAAAACCA